CGUAGUCAAUGCUCUGGACGCUCCGGUUGUAUGUGGUUGUAUGUGUAAAGUAUGUGACAUUCCAGGCUCGCAAAUACGAUUUGAACAAGCUGUGCACGGUAUUUCUUUCAUUUAAUUUAAUCCGUCCAACAAUCGAAUUUUAGUCUACAGUAAUUUAAGAAGUGAAUUAGACGAUGUCUGCAAACAUAGUCAUGUUCAGGAUUUGGAAAUGCAACAGUUUUAUGACUACAGUUGCAUGGAAGUCACAUAAGACCUUCCAAGUCCAGAGAACAGUCUGUAUUUCUGUACGAGACAGAUUCUACUUUAGUAAUGUUAAUCAUGCUGAGAACAAGUUAGCAGUGAGCCAAAAGACAGACUGGAAUAAAACAAUGUCAGAGGCAGAGAAGAUCGUUGGAUAUCCAACAUCUUUUUUAAGUUUAAGAUGGCUGUUAAGCGAUGAAAUUGCCAAUGUCGCAUUGCACCUGAGGAAGCUGGUUGGAUCAAAUCAUCCUGUAUUGAAAACAGCCAAAACCAUUAUUUGUAAUGGACCUAACACUCAAGCAUUUGGUCUCAUUUUGUUGUUAAUCUCCAAAGCUGCCGGCCAUUUAAAUGCAAAACCAAUAGAAGAGGAUAAAGCUGCAGGCGUUUUACACAGUCAAAGAGCAUUGGCGGAAAUUACAGAGAUGAUACGCACUAGCAAUUUGAUACAUAGAGGGUUGGUAAAUCUAAAUACAACAUAUACAGGGUCUCUGGACCCUUCAGAAUUGAACAAUAUAACUUUUGGUAAUAAAAUAGCAUUACUGUGUGGUGAUUACUUGCUGAGCACUAGUUGCACUGAAAUGGCGGCUCUUAAAAAUCAGGAUCUUUUGUUAUUAAUAUCGGCUGCAGUAAGAGAUUUAUGUCAAGCAGAAUUUGUAGCACGCAGGGACAAUCAAAAUUUUCCCAUACCGUCGAUACCACCUGAGGAUCGUACGGGCUAUGCACUGAAGGAAUGGACGCUUUUAAAUACUUAUGGUGCUGGAUCGUUGCUUGGAAAAGGCUGUCAAAGUACAUUAAAAAUAGCUGGCCAUAGCAAAGAAAUAGAGGAGAAAGGUUAUGAGUUUGGGAAACACUUGGCUUUAGCUUGGCAGGCUUCCUUGGACUUGGGUUUAUGCAUCAAUAAAGAUAAAGAAAUUUUACAAAAUUUGUGUGCAGCUCCAAUUAUGUUUCAUGUUGAACACGACCCAUCAAUAUUAGUGGAACUCGAUAAAGGAUUAGAAUCUGUUGAAAACGUCGACUAUUUAAAGGUGCUCGAUAUUGUCGCAGCUGGUCCAGGUAUUGGAUUAACUAAAGAGCUCGUAAAGGAACACUCGCAAAAAGCAAUGGAACUUUUAAGUGUAUUUAAGGAAAAUGAUGCUAGAAAAGCAUUAUCCAAUAUUAUUGUUGCCAUAGGUGACUUUUAACAAAAGAUAUAUAUUUUUUAAUUUUUUAUUCAAGAUGUGAGUUAGAAGUCGCUUUUUUAUAUAUCAUAAUUAAGAGAUAAAUCCUUAACUCUUUUUAAAAAAAUAUUUAUAUUAAGCCCAUUCUAUAAUGACAGUAAGCAGUAUAGAUGAGUCAUGAAAUGGGAAUUGCUUAUUUUGUUACCCCUGGUCUUUACUUUACUAAAAACAGUUUAUUCUUGUAAGAUAUUUGGGUCAAAAGAUUUUUUUAGUUAAUAUUCAGAAUCGAAAGGACUCAGGUAACAGAUUCAGAAAAUUCUAAUCAGUUAGGGACUUAUAUUAUAAGCA